UCAUCAAAGACCUUCAGUAAAGACUACAUUACGCAUAUUGACAGCAAUGGCGACUCCAAACAAGAAUUUUAGUGACAUAGAUGCAGAGAGAAAGCCAGCAGAGGUGUUAAAAGGAGUCGAAGAGGUGAACACCAAAGGUGCCAGAGGUAGCAGACAUGAUGACAGAGGUGCUGGAGGUGCCAGUGGCAGCUUGGUGGCAGCAGAGGUGGCAGAUGAAGGAGAGACAACAAAGGUGCCAGAGACAACAGAGGAACCAGAGACAACAGAGCAGGAUUUAAAAGCCACCUCGGCUACUUCAGCAAAGACUUCAACAAAUUCUACAUCAUGCAUAUUGACAGCAAUGGCUGCUCCAGACAAGGAUCACCGUGACAUAGAUACAGAGAGAAAGCCGGCAGAGGUGCCAAAGGAGUCGAAGGAAGCAGAGGUGCCAAAGGUGUCAAAGCCCGCAGAGGUGCCGAAGAAGUCAAAGGAGACAGAGGUGAGCGCCAGAGGUGGCAGAUGUGAUGACAGACAUGACAGAGAUGGCGGAGAUGACAGAGGUGCUGGAGGCGCCAGUGGCAGCUUGGUGGCAGAUGAGGGAGAGGCAACAAAGGUGCCAGAGACAACAGAGGAACCAGAGACAACAGAGCAGGAUUUAAAAGCCACCUCGGCUACUUCAGCAAAGACUUCAACAAAUUCUACAUCAUGCACUUCUGAUAUAGAUUUGAGAUCCAAGCUACUGCAGUUGGAGUGUCACUUCACCUGGGAUCUGACCGGAGAAAGUGCAGACAUCUUAAAUGUUCAGACCAGGCUGGACGAACAAAUAAAGUUGUGCCGAGGCAAGAAAGCUCAAGCAAUCCGAUCAUAUUGUUUUUUGGGCUAUAUCAGGUACCUGCAAGGUUCCCCAGAUGAUGCCCUCAAAAACCUGAAAAUUUCAGAGGACCUUGGCGACAAAAGUGCAGAGGACCUUGGCGACAAAAGUGCACGAUUUCUCAUCGUCACCUAUGCCAACCUUGCCUGGCUACACUACCACCGAAGAUCAUUAACAGAGUGUGAGAGCUACUUGGCAAAGCUUGAGGGUAUGAAAGGGGAAUUCUCCACUGCGUCACUGACUGAGCUUCACCCAGAAGUCUAUGGACAGAAGGGCUGGGCCUACCUCAAGUUCGCCCACAAGUACUACGGGAGAGCAGAGCAGUGUUUUGAAAAAGCUGUGAGGCUGGAGCGAGAUGAUAGUGAAUGGAAUGCUGGCUAUGCCAUCGUUCUCUAUCGCAAAGACAAGUCCAACAGAGAAGAAUUGCCAUCAGUAAGACAACUCCAACGAGCCAUUGAGCUAAACCCAGAAGAUGCCGUGCUAAAGUUGCUCCUUGGCCUGAAACUGCGUGCAGCUGGCAGCGAAGUUGACAAGCUGAUCAAGGAUGCUUUGGAUCAGGAUCCUAGCAACCACCAUGUGAUUCGCUAUGCCGGGAAAUAUUACCGUCAAAGUGGUUUCGUAGGCCACGCCACUACACUUUUCCAGAGAGCUUUGCAGUAUACCCCUGACUCGGCAUUCAUUCAUCAUCAGCUAGCUCUGUGCUACAAGGAGAAGAGGGCACAGCUGUUCAAAAGAGACGGUGGCAGGCACCAGGGAGAUGAGAUCAGUCAUCUUCUCAAACAGGGCAUCCAUCACCUGAAAUUGGCCACAACACUGAACUCUUACUUCAUUUUAGCCAUGGCUGAACUUGCUUUGCACUACGGGCUGAAAGCAAAAUAUGAAAAGAAGUUCUGUAACCAGGCAGAAAAUUUGUUCCAGGACACAUUCAAAGCAGCAAAGGAGAGCCAAAUCAGUGACCAGAUAGUACACCAUUACUAUGGUGAGUUUCAGGAGCACCAGAAAAAAAAUGAAAAACUAGCUAUCGCACACUACAAGAAGUCUUUGACACUGGGGUUGGACACACCUGCAGGGAAUGGCAGUGCCAAGGCCUUGGAGAAGAUGGCAAAGAAACGUCAGAAAAUAAACCCCAGCGACGGAGAAGCCUUUGGAAUUCUCGGAUUUGUCCACAGGGCAAAGGGAGAGAAGGACCGGGCAUUGGAGUGCUACGAGAAAGCUCUGCAGUUUGAUUUUAACAAUGCUGAGUAUCUCAGUGCCCUGUGUGAUCUUCGUUUGUCUUUGCAGUCAGAGGCGAUUCUAGAUUGAGUGGGGGCCAGGCUUGUGCAAAAUUCAGAAUUGAAUUGAGAAUGACUCCUAAAUUCCAAUUCAAUUCUUGAGUUUGAAUUGAAUUUGAAUUGAGGUCAAAAACAGGAUGCAGAAUUACAAUUCGAAUUUGAAUUAAGGGAAGUAGAAUUGAAAUUCAAUGAAAUUCAAAUCAAUUCAUAUACAUAAUAUAAGGGUACGCUGCAACUUAUUUGAUUCUUAUCAAGAUAAAAAAAAUAGAUUAGAAGUGUUAGAUCAUUUAUAUUGUUUGAAGCGUGAAUUUCUUACUUUACGUAAGUGUUCAACUUUACACUAUCUUAAAUCAAGCACAUCUUUUUUUUUGUCUCAAAUAGGCAUGAAAUCUUAAAAUGAGGUAAAUACUGUUAAAAUGAGAUAUUUUACAUCUCUCCAUCAAAUUCUCAUCAAAAUAAAGCUUGUUUUAAGAUUAAGUGACAUGAAAAUUUGACUUAAUUUAAUAUGACAUUUAAGACUUAAGAUAUCAUCUUAAAACAGCAGUUUAUGCUUAUAACAACUUAUGUAACAACUUUAAAUAUACGUAAUCUAGACUUGUUACAAGUUGUGGUACUGUGGCGCAACAGGUUACAGCAUUAGUACCUUGUACUCGUCUAACUACCCACGGGCACCCGGUUCGAAUCUCACCUGCGGUCAUAUCCGAAUCUCUCCCCAACUCUUUCACUCAUCUACCCGCUUCCUGUCUAUCUUCAUUGUCCUAUCUGAAUAAAGGCAAAAAGUCCAGAAAAUACUCUUCCAAAAAAAAAAAAGAAUAUAAUCUGAGGCUGUUUAAAUUUAAGUAACCUCAUUUUACAACCAGCAUUUUAUGCUUAUAUUAAGUAUGUUUUACUUAUUUUGGGGAUGUAAAAAUUAUAUUUAUAAGUAAUCUUAAAAACAGCAAUUUCAUCUUAUGUUAAGUUUCCAAAUACCUCUGUAGACAUGCUUAUUGCUAGAUUUUUUUUAUUUAUCUUAAUUCACAAAAUCUUAUCAAGUGAAAUUAUCUUGCUGCAUGGACUGAAAAUUUCACUUGUUUUGAGUACCUUUUACCUCAGAUUUAGUGUUUUUAUCUUGUUUUUAGACACCCUUUUUUUUGCAGUGUUUAACAAUUAAGUUUCACAAAAUGUCAGAUAUGAUCUCAACAAACACACAAUUUAUAAUUGAAAACAGUAAUCAAUUACAUUUCCAAUGUAAUUUUCCCUGAACUGAAUGUAUGUGAGAUUCAACACAUUCUUCCUGUUUUGUGACAUGUGAAUUUGUUUUGAAUUGCCAUGAAUUGAAUUCCACUUCCUGUCAUUCCAAUUCCAAUUCAAAUUCAACUUCCUGUGGGGUGGGGCUAAUUCAAUUCAAAUUCCAACUCAUGAAUUGAAUGGAGGUAAAUUCUAAAAUUCGGAAUUGUGCACAAGCCUGGUGGGGGCCCUAUAAGCAAAAAAUCCUAGGGGGCCCUACCGACUAGUGUUUAUCACUGCAACUGAGGCAUUUUGAAAGUGGGUGGGACAGUUCCGGGAGGGA